AUGACGGAACAGGAUGAGCCUCGCCAGUGUAUGAUUAUUCAGGACAAACAAACAGUCGCACUGCCACACGGUAGCAAAUCUUUACAAUGCGACAAUACAGGUGUUUUUAUUAAACCAGAGUGUGUAUGCUCCUUUUACAAUGUGUAUGAAGGAAAAUAUCAUUCACAUUCCUCUUGUCCUGGUAAUGUGAAGUCAGAUGAUGUUAGAUCAUUGAGAUGUGUUGAUUGUAUGAAAUACAGCUUACCAAACAAAGGUCCAUGUAUCAAUGGUGGACAGCUUACCUGUAAUAAGACUGGUCCUGAUGCGAAGGCACCAGAUAUCAUAUGUGAUUGUCCAACCGGGUUUAUGGGGAUGUUCUGUGAACAUAAACUGGAAAAGGUUACAAGAAUUUGUGAUAGAAUUGAAAAUGCCUCAUCUCUUGACCUGAAAAACUGUGAUGUUACAAAAAUGGAAUGCAUUACUUACAGUGAAAAGAAACUAUAUGCUUUCAAGUGUAAUGAAAAUUCUGCGAUAACCCAAGAAGGACAAAUUAAAUUGCCACUAUGCAGCGAAACAGAAAUAUAUCAUACCAACCAGAUGAACACGGUGAUAACUCCAGAAGGUGACAUCAAUAACAGAAGACGACUGUCCAAUCAUCAUUACAUAUCAGGAGUUAACAAGUGUGUUUUGGAGAAAUUGGAUGCCACAGAUGCCAACGAAUCUGACACAUCUGUUUCAUAA